AUGGCGUCCGAGAAAGGUCCCGUCGCGACGGAAGCCCCGCCCUUCUCAUCAUCUAACACCUCUCAACCUACGAUUCCUUCCGAUCCCGUUUCUGUCGAGACCUUAACUGCUGAAGCUGCUCGUGCGACGCAGUCGCUCAAAAGACAGCGGGAGUCUUCACCUCUUUCCCCGUCCUCGGCGUUAUCAGCACUCCAUCGUGAACUGUCGCCAUCAAAAGUAGCCAGGCUCGGCCUGCCACCGAGAUUCUCUUCGCCUCUAACUGGAGCUGCAGCCGUCGAGGAGGAGCGGCGCAGAGAAGAAGAACAGUACAAGAUACAGGUUUCUGGUGCUAGCGACAAUCCCGCCUUCAAAGCUCAAUCUGCAUUGAUGUCUGCCAGCGCUCUCGCCAUGAGCCGACCUCAGGAAGCUCCUCAGGAUGUGCCUCAGGAUGUGACCCAAGAUAUUUCACAGGAUAUUUCACAGGAAUCUCGCCAGGAACCACCUCAAGCUGCUCCUCAGGUAGAAGACGGGCAGCCCGCGCCUCCUCCCGUCUCCAUACCGCUUCCUGACGCCCAAAAUUCGGAACCAAAGCCCGAUGAUAUUAGUCCUCAGAGCGCGACUAGCUUGGGUAGCUUAGGGGGUGGACCUGGCGCGCCAGUGACGACUAGCCCUGGACCUAUGGAGCUUGACGGGCAUACUGAGCAUCCCGGCUUUGGAACGCAGCCGCCAGCUCCUAUGGAAGAGAAGGGAGUGACUUCGCUGUCGUACCCUGGUAUUCUUCCCUCGACCAACAUGCCAGCUCCUCCGAUCCGGGGCAUGAGCAUGCCGAUGACACCGAAUCAACAGGGCGGACCACGCUCGCCGGGUUCGAAAAGGCAUAAGUGUCCAUACUGCGAGACGGAGUUUACGCGCCACCACAACCUAAAGAGCCACCUUCUGACUCAUAGCCAAGAGAAACCAUAUGUUUGUCAAACAUGUUCAAUGCGCUUCCGUCGCUUGCAUGAUCUUAAGCGUCACACUAAGCUACAUACCGGGGAGAAACCCCACGUAUGUCCAAAGUGUGAUCGUAAGUUUGCGCGCGGCGAUGCUUUGGCACGGCAUAGCAAAGGUCCCGGUGGUUGUGUGGGUCGUCGGAGUAGCUUAGGGAGCUUUCUCGGCGAGGAAGAGGCAGACGGUUCAAGCCACCUUGAGGGCGAUGAUUCCGCGAUGACUGGUGUCGUGUAUGAUGUUUCCAACGAAGGUGAGUUGACGGAGGAAGAGAGGCGGCGUCUUAGUUUACCCAGCAUAAAAGCUCAGCAUGUUCAAGGGUCUGCUACGGGUCGACUCUAUCCACCCAAUGUGGAUCGUGGUUCCGGAAGUUCGAACGCGUCCCAGACUCCCGGCACAAGCAUCUCAUCUCUCCCCGUGGGGGCUACUAACCCAGCUUUGUACGCUCAAAGCGCCAUGACCGAGAGCCCUAAACCCUUAAGCCCCUCUGGCGGGCAGGGCCAUGACUCUGCAAAUAUUAAUAGACAGCGCUCGCCGAGUCUGACGGCGCAGUUCCAGCAACAGCACUUCAACCGUCACCAGUCGGAUCGGCACACACCUCCAGUGCCUGGAUUUUCCGCGGCCGAUGCGGCUAGAUAUGCCGCCUCUGCGGGAGCUGUGCAGGGUUCUGCCCCUACUGCUCAAUCGGCGUCCGGAAGCUCGGGCCAGCAAAUAGUCGCUGGCUCUGGGAUCAGCCAUUCUCACGUAUCCAAUGGUCCUAGUCAGAAUGGCGGCAGCGGUGACAGCACUAGCAACAACAUAUUUGCGACUGAUCAAGGCAUAUGGGCUUACAUCCACGGUCUCGAGGAGCAAGUCAGGCAACUAAACGAACGUGUCCAAGCCAUGGAAGCAACGGGGAGAUCCCAGGAGGAAAAGAUUACGUACCUGACGAACGAAAUGACGGCCCUUCGAAGCGAAGCCGAGAUAAAAACAGAUGUGACUGAAAAGGUCAGCUGA